GAAGUCGGAAGUGAUACAAACAGGGGUGGGUUCAGGGUGAAUUUACAAACGAGCAGUUUGUGACAGUUUUGUCCAAACUAGUUUGUCCUGCAGGUUCACGAGAGUUGUCUCUGAGGAGCCAUGGAGGACGUGACGGGAGCUCAGCUGAUCGCUGAGUCUCUAAAGGCUCAGAAAGUGGAGUACAUGUUCGGGAUAGUCGGUGUUCCUGUCAUCGAAGUGGCCAUGGCCGCUCAGGCUGCAGGGAUCAGAUAUGUGGGAAUGCGCAACGAGCAAGCGGCCUGCUACGCAGCCUCCGCCAUUGGAUAUCUCACAGGGAGACCAGGGGCCUGCCUGGUGGUGUCAGGACCUGGACUCAUCCAUGCGCUGGGUGGGAUGGCCAACGCUAACGUGAACUGCUGGCCUGUGGUCGUUAUUGGAGGCUCCUCCGAUCGCAACCAGGAAACAGCGGGGGCCUUCCAGGAGUUCCCCCAGGUGGAGGCAUGUCGCCUUUACAGCAAGUUCUCUGCCAGACCCAGCGGCCUGGAAGCCAUCCCCUCAGUGAUAGAGAAGGCAGUUCGAACCAGCAUGUACGGGCGUCCGGGUGCUUGUUACGUUGACAUUGCAGGGGACAUGGUCAACGCUAAAAUUGACAGGAGCAACGUCAGAGUUGUCUCCUGUUGUCCAGCCCCACCAGCGAGUUUGGCCGAGCACGGUGCGAUCGCCGAGGCCAUCUCUGUCUUGAAAGCAGCUAAAAGACCCUUAGUCAUCAUCGGCAAAGGAGCAGCUUAUGGUCGAGCAGAAGUUGCUCUGAGGGAGUUUGUGGAGUUGAGCGGUUUGCCGUUCCUGCCCACCCCCAUGGGGAAAGGAGUGCUGCCCGAUGAUCACCCCAACUGUGUGGCUGCUGCCCGCUCAAGAGCUCUUCUCCAGGCCGAUGCUGUCCUUCUGCUUGGAGCCAGGCUCAAUUGGAUUCUGCACUUUGGUCUUCCGCCAAGAUUUGACCCCGAUGUCAAAGUCAUCCAGGUUGACCUUUGUGCGGAGGAGAUGGGGAACAAUGUGAGGCCUGCUGCUGCUCUCCUGGGAGACAUCAAUGCUAUUGUCACUCAGCUCCUCCAGUGUGUCCAUAAUGAUGUGUGGAAAUAUCCCUCUGAUGCUGAGUGGUGGAGCACACUGAAGGACAAAAUUGCUGCAAAUGCAAAAAUAUCAAAGGCCCUCGCUCUGCGGUCAACGUUACCCAUGAGCUACUACACAGUGUUUCACCACGUCGCUCAGCUGCUGCCGCACGACUGCAUCAUCGUCAGCGAGGGGGCAAACACCAUGGACAUAGGACGCACCAUGUUGAACAACUACCUGCCCCGACACAGGUUGGAUGCUGGCACAUUUGGAACAAUGGGAGUUGGCCUCGGUUUUGCGAUAGCUGCCGCUGCCAUGGAGAGGAGCGAGAACAGAGGCAGGAGAGUCGUCUGCGUGGAGGGAGACAGUGCCUUUGGAUUUUCUGGCAUGGAGGUUGAAACCAUGUGCAGGUACAACCUACCCGUGGUCAUUAUCGUGGUCAAUAAUAAUGGUAUAUACAGCGGAGUGGAUCCUGAGACGUGGAAAGAAAUGGCAAAAAUGGGAGAUCUGACCUCUAUAGCCCCUCCAGUGACCCUCCUGCCCGAGGCACGCUACGACCAGAUCAUGACGGCGUUCGGAGGUCGAGGCUUCCUGGUGAGGACGGCGGAGGAGCUGCGCGGUGCCCUGCAGCUCAGCCUGAGUGACUGGGAGAGGCCGAGUCUCCUCAACGUGCUGAUCGACCCUUCCUCUGACAGGAAGCAGCAGGAGUUUCCCUGGCUCACACGCUCAAACUUAUAGACGUGAAGAGGGGCCCGCCUCCUCCUUCCUCCAGGACACUAUCAGAACAGCAGUGUUUCCUCUGGAAACUCAAACUGGGAAAGCAUACGGCUGUUUUGGGUUUUUUUCUGAUUGUUUCCAUGAAAUAAUUGAAUAUUUUUAAUGAUUCUUACUUGUUUAAAAUUAACUAAAUAAUGCCACAAUAAAAGUGUUUUACUCAAA